AUGCCAUUUUUCGCACCACACAGGGUCAAUGAAUCAGACCAUCAACUUCUAGUGAUGGGGCAGGGAACCGUUGCAGUGACCGCCAAUGCUGAAAAGAUAUCAUUCAGCUUCAAGACAAAGACCGAGAAGGGCCACACAUUGACACUGGAAGUGCGCGAAUCGAUCAUUGAUUGCUUUAUCGUGGUCGACGGCAAGAGGAGUUCGAAAAAGUCUGAUUCGAUCAAAUGGGAAAAGCUGAGAGAAGGUGACCUCCGGCUGCUUGAAAAGGGUGUCCUAAUGCCUUAUUGGGUCUCAUUUGAUAACGUUCACGGUGUCAUCUGUUAUGGGAAGUACUCUGUCAACAGGAAAAUGGCAAUUCUCCAAGCGAAUCUGAAAUGCGAGCUUAAUGGGAUUGUGUGUUGGAUGGGCGAUCACCAAUGGAUGGAUGCACUGGAAAAUGUUCAAGUUCAGGUCUGGCACGAUGCUUCAGCUCAAAGCAUUCCCAAGAUCAAGAUACACAGACUUCCGGUAUUCGAUGUACCUGCAAUCGUUCUGCCAGGCUUCGACACGCUUGGCGGCCUUGAGAGCGGUCACCAUGCAGCGCUAUCGGAUCUACCAAGAGCAUGCCAAGAUCUCUACCAAACUAUACAAAGCAUCUCCCUGGCCUCGGAGUUUCCAGACUUCGCCAACGCAGUUCACCGCAGCGUUAGUAUAAAAGGUCUGAUUGGUCACACCUUGUUGACGAUGAAGGCGACUACAUUCUCAGCUGCAGGAAAUUUCCUAAGCACCUACCUUCGCAUCACACUUGGUCAAAAUAUAGGCAAUUCUCCUGGGAUCCCCAACGUCUUGGAGAUCUGGCCCGCGGGCCACUUCUCCCCAAUUCACGACCAUGGAGACUCUCAUGCAAUCAUCAAGGUUCUACACGGAGAGAUCGAGGUAAGUAACUACGAUUCCGUAACUGGACGCCGUCGUCCUCAACAAAUUGGUGAUCCGUUGAUACUGAAGACUGGGGAUGUGACUUGGAUUGGGCCAGAGAACUAUCAGAUCUACAGACUGCACAAUAAGUUUAACGAUGUAUGCAUUACGUUACAAUGCUAUCGGUAUGAUGAGGCAACGAACUACCAUCAUAACAAAUUCAGAUGGGUGGAAGAAAAUGCUCAAGAAGCUGAAGUCGAGCGCAGAAUUGGUCCCGAGCACGUUUUCGACUUUGUGCCGAACGGGGAUAUGACAUAUACAGAUUUCUGCGAAAGCAUACAGGAGGAGUGGAACUCCUACCAACAGACUUUACCUCAUCGGUGGAACGUCGCCAGAUCACAGCGCCUUAUGACAACACGAUAGGCA